AUGACGAUAUCGGACGGUUUUAAUAACCGCCGAUAUUUUUGUCAAACCGCAGGUAUGUCACCGGCGGUGAACCGAGCGGUUUAUCUGGCGCUCGCCGACCGCCGUAACCGCCGGCCAGUCGUCGGUGAAUUCCCCGCCGAGGCGCGAUUGAAAGGAUUUUUUUUUUUUUGUGGGAAGCAGAUUUCGACUGAGCUCGAAGUAGAGUCUGAAGAGGCCUCUUUGAAUGUUGUCGUUAUACCAGGGAAUCCAGGCGUCGCUUCUUUUUACAAGGACUUUGUUGAAGCUCUCUACGAACAACUUGGGGGUUGCGCAUCUAUUACAGCAAUUGGGCAUAUAUCCCAUUCAAGACAGGACAUGGCAUAUGGAAGGAUGUUCUCAUUACAAGAGCAAAUAAAUCACAAGGUGGGUUUCAUCAAAGAACUCCAGAAUAAACAUCUUCCAAUAAUAUUGAUUGGACAUUCUAUUGGUUCGUAUGUAUGCAUUGAAGUUCUCAAGAGAUUCCCGGAACAGGAGAUAUUUUCCAUUUUUCUGUACCCAUUUUUGGCUUUAAACACAAGUUCGUCAACACAGUACAUGAUUGGGGUGCUUGCAAGGUCUUCCCUUUUGAGUGCAACCUUCAGCUUUCUUGUGGCCUUGUUGGGGUCCUUUCCCACGAGAAUUUCGGGAGCUCUUGUAAGUAGACUUCUUGGUCCAUCAUGUUCUACAACAGCAGUUGAUGCUGCUUGCACUUGCCUCAUGAAGUACCACACAAUGCGCAAUGUCUUAUUCAUGGCAAAGACAGAGUUUGAGAAGCUUUCAGAGGAGCCAGAUUGGAGCUUCAUGAAAGAAAAAAAGAAACAAAUUGCUUUUUUGUUCGGCGUUGAUGAUCACUGGGGUCCAUUGUCAUUGUUUGAAGAGAUUUCAAGACAGGUGCCUGGUGCUCCAUUGUCAAUAGAAAGGGAAGGACAUACUCAUUCCUUUUCGUGCUCCAAGGCCGGUUCCAUCUGGGUUGCACAUCAUGUAGCGAACUUGAUCAAAUCUCGAGUUUCAAGUCAAGAAUAGUCGCGAUAAGGCUAAGGAUUAUGAUAAUGAUGGUGAUGGCGGUGAUGAUAAGCCUGCCAAUUAUUUGCAUCAUACUUCCAUGCUUCCAUUGAUUCCACUAAUAAUUGGAGAAUGAGGAUUUGUUUGGAAUAGCUUUCUUACUGUUUUCUAAAGUAGCCUUCUAGAAAGCUAUCACAAACUAAACCUAUGUUAAGCUUUGAGAAAUAUUUAUACUGGAAUUGGUGACUGUUUGUUUUGCAAGUGAUUUCCUUCACAUUACAUAUGUUUAGCCAUAUUGCUUUUUCA